AUGGCCUUGAGCCCAAUCACCUGGGGCUAUGCGAGCUCAUCUCUCAUGUCUGACCAGUUCACUCCGUUCACGAGGCCAUCGAACAGCGCACCUCUCAUCAUCUCAAUGCCCUUGCUAUUCCAGAGACUUUUCUGGCUGCUGCAGCUCCUCGCGGUUUCCCAUGCUCAAUCCGGCAGGCAUUGUGAUGUGGCAUUAGUGACAUGUAAGCACCAGACGGACCGCGUGUGCUUCAUCAAUGCCCAACUAUGUGAUGGUGUCUUAAGUUGCUUCUUAUCAGGGAGCGACGAAGAAAAGUGCGAUCAAGACAUCACGAACCUAUUUGAGGUGCGGUCUGGGUAUAAAGUGGACACUGGCUUCAUCAAGCACGGUUCUGAUUUGUUCGCCGAAUGGAACACGGUGUCUCUGCAAGCGUGUCAUAAACUUUGCCUGGAAGCCGCAUUUGGACGAAAAAAAUAUUGCGGGGGCUUUGCAUACAAUUCCAUCGAUAAAACCUGUGAGCUGUAUUCUGGACAUUUCCUAUCCACUAAGGCGCAACUCUCUUUGACUCUGUAUUGGAAUUUUUAUUCUCUGAAAGACCGGGGUGUGAUCUGCCCUGAGCAACAUUACAAAUGCUCCUUGGGAGAAUGUGUGAAUGCCAUUCAUCUCUGCGAUGAUACGCAGGACUGUGCCAACCGCUACGACGAAGAAUUGUGCAAACAUAUAUUCUCCCUUUUCAAUAGAUCCACCACUCUCUCUUUCAAGAAAACACCGAAUGAGUUUAACCUGGUGACUCUGCAAGGAUGUGCUCGGAUUUGCUUUGAGGAUCCCCCAUGCAGUGGUUUUGCCUACGCUCACGAGACUCAGACGUGUCUCACGGAAUGUGUAAGGAGUGAUGAAAAACCGACUUGCUCCAGUGUAAUUCGACAUCAGCUGCUGAAAUCCCGUGCCUUCCUCCUUUACAUUCUUGACGAGGAGGCUCUAAACGCAUCCUUUUCCCUUACUCCGCAGUUACGCGGGAAUGCUAAUGACUCCAUCACUCUCCCACCUUCAUUUCCGCCUUCGGAUGAUGAAAUGCAAAUAUUUCCAGGAGCCUGCGGACAGAGAAAGGUCGAUUCCAUCCCGCAUCUGCUUCCUCUCGUGAUCAAUAGUGAACCAGUGGUUCAAAGUGGCUUAUAUCCUUGGCAGGCUCAAAUACGUCGCUACGAGUCAAAAACUGGCACUUUCACUCAUCGCUGUGGUGCUGCUAUUAUUGAUACCGAGAACGACAUUGCUCUUUUAAGAGUCCAGAAGAAGGACGGUUCUUCAAUCAAAUUUGGAAAGGGAGUUCAACCUGCAUGUCUCCCUGAACAUGGUUUCGAAGUUCCUGCCGGCACCUCCUGCACCGUUUCGGGAUUUGGAGUCUAUGAUGAACUUGGGAAUGUCUCCUUAUCUCGGUAUCUUCGAGCGGCUAACGUAAAAAUUGUCUCCGAGGAAGAAUGUGAAGAGAAAACGGGGCUGACGGACCAUAAGGAUAAGCUGUGUGCUGAAGGGGAAGGAGAUCCCUGCAGAGGUGACAGCGGCGGACCCCUGGUGUGUGAACUGAAUGGAAAAUUCGUCCUAGUUGGUAUUGUGUCCUUCUCUGUUGGAAAAUGCGCCCGUCCUGGUGUGCCCAGCAUUUACACCAAAGUCUCGUCGUAUACCUCAUGGAUCCGUAAGUCCAUGAUUUCCAUGGCCGAGAAUUCCAAGUUGGUCCGCAAAGACCCCAAAGAGUGA